CAGUGACCUGAAGAAAACUGGAAAAUCUGGUCUGCCAAAGUGGGUGACUGCUUGUAGACCAGUGAACAGUGAGUGGUUGCAUAUUCGCUGGAAGUGCCUUUCGCAGAUGUACUGCAAAUAAGAGAAUUCCAGAGCAAAUGCACUGAAUCCUGUUGCUGAAAACUGCAAAAGCUGCACAGAAAAGACUGCACAUUUGGAAAUUAUGUCAUGCUGAUACGGUUUAUUGUCAUGCCAAACAAAAGAAGCAUCAGUAGGACAGUGGUAAACAACAGAAAACCCCACAACACCUCCAUCUAAAUGACAAGAUACAGUUUUGGACAUAGCCAAGAGGAUUCAUUAGCUCUUAUGAUGAUCUGAAGUGAUUCCUUACCUCAACAUGAGAAGACUGUUAGUGCACUCCCAAGCACAUACAUCGCAGUGAAUAAACAGAGCAGCUGCCAGGAAAUGGAAGACCCAUUUCCUUCCUGAUGCUUGCUUAACUACAGCAACAGAUUAGGACAGUGAUAGAUGGAGGGCUUGUGAGACAGUGUCUAGUAUUCAGUGAAAGCCAUAGUAGUAUGUUAAAAUAACGUGCACAUGGAAGAUUCACAAUGAAUAAAAAUGACUGUGAAGGCAUUCAGUUUGAAGCCAAAAGUGACCACUUUUGCAAUUUUAUCAAGACUGUUUGUACUUACCUUGUCAUGUCUGUCUAAUAAUUUAAUACCUGAUCACAAUUCCGAUGCAUUUAUUAGUCCAUCAAAUCCUUAUGAAAAGAAUGCCACAGUCUGUGAUAGUAUUGUCAAUUUCCUCUUUGGUGGUAUUAACCGCUGGGAUGCCCAGUAUUUUUUGCACAUUUCUCGGUAUGGGUAUACAUUUGAAAAUUGCCUUGCUUUCUUUCCCACGUACCCAAUCCUUACACAUCUGACAUCGAGGAUCUUGUAUAUUCCUCUCUCAAUCAUUCUUAAUGAAACAUCUGUAACCACUUUUUGUGCAGUUGCCAUUAAUUUUUACUUUUUUGUAAAGGCUGCAGAAGUAUUAUAUGAUUUGACUGAAAAACUGUUCAAGAAUUGUCAACUGGCUUAUGUUGCUUCUAUAAUGUUUUGUGUAAAUCCUGCCAGCAUCUUCUUUAGUGCACCAUACUCUGAAACACUAUUUUCCUUCUUUUCGUUUUAUGGGAUGUACUUAUCUGUUUCAGAUCAUGGUAUUCUUUGCAGUGUGCCUUUAGGUCUUUCUGCAUCGGUGAGAUCCAAUGGGAUAUUAAAUACUUGGUUUCCAUUAUUCAAAAUUGCCAAUAAUGUAUUCCAAAGAUUGUCAAAUAAACUCAAAUCUGAUAAAAGAAUUGUGAAGAGGACAGAUGUAAUAGAUGCAGAUGGUUCCUUCUUGAAUCUGUUCUUGAAGGCUGUGUUAGUGACUGUUAUUUCAUUGGCACCAUUUUUUGCAUUUCAAGCAUAUUGCUAUUCCAAAUAUUGCAAAGCUGAUACUUAUGACAUCGCUGCCUUCUUAGCCAUAUUUGCACAUGAGAAAGAUUUUGUCUUGCCUGGCUCAAGAUAUCUUCCGUGGUGUGACGACAAACUCAUUCUUCCUUACAUGUAUGUGCAGCAACAUUACUGGAAUGUUGGUUUCUUGAGAUACUACGAAUUUAAGCAGAUCCCUAAUUUUAUUCUUGCUGCUCCAGUUAUAUUCCUAAUAUUCACAAUGACAUUUUGUUUUGUGAGCUUACACAUGAACUUUAAUAUACGAUUUUUGAACUUAAAGGUAGAGUCUAGUUCAGGUAUGCCACUGAACAUUCUCCCUUUUAUUGCUCAUGCUGCUGGACUGACAAUAUUUUGCUUACUAAACAUUCAUGUACAGGUGACAACUAGAAUGGUAGCUUCAUCAAGCCCAGUACUGUACUGGUUUUCUGCAUAUGUUCUAACUGGUAAACUCCACAUCUCAAAUGAAGCCUGCAAGAAACAAGAUAAAAAAGAUGUAUCAAAGAAAAAAACAAAAUCAGUUGAGUUUGAAACAAAAUUUGAAGACUGGUGGAACAUUUUGUUUGUGACUUUUGACAUACCACAAAAAAUGUUUUCAAAGUUUAUCAAAAUUUAUUUCAUAUCUUAUUUAAUCAUUGGAACCAUACUUUUCAGUAACUUUUAUCCAUGGACUUAAAAGGUUCUUACAAAUAGAAAGAAGAUUGACUUCUUUUCUUUCUUCCUUAAUCAAAUGAACAAAUGAGAACAUGUAUUUCAUUGUAUCAUUACAUUAAAAUUCAUGUCAAUUACUGGUGAGAAACAGUAUUUACUUUUAAUUUAUGGACAUGUAAAGCACUCUUGUUCUCAAGACAGUGGUGACCAAGGACAAUGAAUAUGGUAUCCAGUCAAAGAAAUGCUUAAGAGCCUUGUGAUAAUCAUAGACUUGAAAACUAUUAUUCUUAUAUCUGAUAGUGAUUUGUUACAGAAUACUUGUAUCUUUGCAGGAAUAGGCAUUAGAAUAAAGAACAUACAACAGGA